GCUCUCUGUUUACAACAAAGUUAUCUUUUCGAAACUCUUUCUUUUGUCCAGUACAGCCAUCAAAAUGUUCAAUUUAUGCAGCAGUCUGACGAAUCUAUUAUAAUCCAUCGAGAAAAGAUCUUGUCAAAGGCCAGUGCUGAAUGUUUUGGAGAAUUUCUUUUUUUUUUGGUUUGUUUUUUUUGCGAGAGAGACGACGCCGCUUCAUCUGGAAACUUUUUUUAAAUUAAAAGAUCUUUGAGAGCAUCUUUUAAAGGUAGCAGCAAUGGUGUUGAUGCUGGGCCGGAGAUUAAUCAGGGAGGACUCUGAGAUCAGAGACUCCCCAGCUGUAAAACGAAAGGUCUUUGAAGUUGAAUCCAAAACCUCAGGUAGUCAGGAGAUCUUGGACUUCUGCUCUGGAUCCUCACAUUCAGAGGGCAUCCUGCAGGUGUUUAAUGAGUUCCGUGAUAGUCGCCUCUUCACGGACGUGGUCAUCAGUGUUCAGGGCCGUGAAUUCCCCUGCCACCGCGCUGUUCUCUCUGCCUCCUCCUCUUACUUCAGAGCCAUGUUCUGCAAUGAUCACCGCGAGAGCCGUGAGAUGCUGGUUGAGAUCAAUGGCAUCCUGGCCGAGGCCAUGGACUCCUUCCUCACCUAUGUUUACACUGGCCGUGCCAAGAUUACUACAGAGAAUGUCCAGUUCCUAUUUGAAACCUCCAGCCUCUUCCAGAUCUCCACUCUACGUGAUGCUUGUGCAAAGUUCCUGGAGGACCAGCUAGACCCAUGCAACUGCCUGGGCAUUCAGCGCUUUGCAGAUGCACAUUCUCUGAAGCAGCUUGCCAGCCGCUGUCGUACUUACGCCCUGGCCAACUUCUCAGAAGUGGCCCAGCACGCAGAGUUCCUUGACCUACGCAAGGAAGAGCUGGAAGAGUACAUCAACAGUGAUGACCUGUCUGUAAGUAAGGAGGAGAUGGUGUUCGAGUCUGUCGUGCGGUGGAUCUACCAUUCUGUGGAGCACAGAAGGCCAAUGCUGAAGGAUUUGCUGGAGCAUGUUCGCCUGCCCCUGCUCCAUCCCAACUACUUUGUCCAGACCGUGGAGGGAGAUCAGCUCAUCCAGAAUGCUCCAGAGUGCUACCAGCUCCUCCACGAAGCCAGACGCUACCAUGUGCUUGGAAACGAAAUGAUGUCGCCCAGAACACGCCCACGCAGAUCGACUGGCUACUCCGAGGUGAUCGUGGUCGUUGGUGGCUGUGAACGGAUCGGUGGGUUCAACCUACCCUACACUGAAUGUUUUGACCCAGUCAUUGGAGAAUGGAAGUCACUGGCCAAACUUCCCGAAUUCACCAAGUCCGAGUACGCUGUGUGUGCCUUGCGCAAUGACAUUUUGGUGUCAGGCGGACGCAUUAACGGCAGGGAUGUGUGGAUGUACAACUCCCAGCUAAACCUGUGGAUGAAAGUCGCUUCUCUCAACAAAGGCCGCUGGAGACACAAGAUGUGUGUCCUGUUAGGCAAGGUGUACACCAUCGGCGGUUACGAUGGCCAGAGCCGCCUCAGCAGUGUGGAGUGUUAUGAUUCCUUCUCGAACCGUUGGACAGAAGUGGCACCCCUGAAAGAGGCAGUCAGCUCUCCAGCUGUGGCCAGCUGUGCUGGCAAGCUCUUUGUCAUAGGAGGAGGCCCUGACGAUGAAACCUGUUCAGACAAGGUUCAGUGCUAUGACCCAGAAACAAACACCUGGUUACUGAGAGCCAACAUCCCCAUCGCCAAGCGCUGCAUCACAGCAGUGUCUCUUAACAACAUGAUCUACGUCUGCGGCGGGCUGACAAAGUCCGUUUACUGCUACGACCCCGUGAGCGACUACUGGAUGCUUGUCCUUCACACCUUCAACAAAAUGGAGAGCUGCGGCAUGUCGGUGUGUAACGGAAAGAUCUACAUCCUCGGAGGUCGCACGGAAAACGGAGAAUCCACAGAUACGGUCUUGUGCUACGACCCAUCAACGGGCAUCAUAACCGGAGCAGCGGCCAUGCCCCGGCCGAUCGCCUACCACGGCUGCGUAACCAUCCACCGCUACAAUGACAAAUAUUACAAGUCAUGACCAUGACAUGCAACCAGAGACACACACAUGACGCCUAAACUCUUUAGGUACACCACACUUACAGCCUUUCAACUUUAAAAUAGCAGACAAGCGAAAUGGUUUGGUUUGCUGUACCAGUAUGGACAGCAUCAUGUAGCAAUCUAUUUGUUCAGUAGACUUAAUCCCUUCUUUUUGUUUUUAGCAACCUGAGCUAAAGGAGAACCAAAUCUCUGUGGCACAAGGUUUUUUUUGGCAGUGACUGCAAAAGGUUGGAGAGUAAUCCAUCUGUCAUAAGUGCAUACAUUUGUGUGAUAGCAACAUUUUACACUUUUUUACUGAAUGUUUCAUAUGCAAUGGAAACAAAAAAAAGCCAUUUUUGUUUUGAUUUUCCUAUUUUUGCUUGAAAUCUCAGUGAUCUAAUACUAAGAGAGCAGUGAUCUGUUCACUCAAGUGAAUUUGUAGUUCAUGCCAAACACUAAAUACUCGCAUCUUAACAGUCUGCUAAGAACAAUGAGAUGGAAGUCACUGAUACAACAAUGAUCCAACAGAGGAGGAUUGGCGGAUGUUGGGAGGUUUUUUCUAAAAAGGAAAUCUUAAAAUUUCCCAACUGGAGACAAGAGUGAUAUGUUUGAAGAAAACCUGUUUAACCCAACCUUUCUGGACCUUUUUAAAGUCCAACUAAAUAUAUAACUACAGUAGACUGCAGUAGAGAGUCAUAAAAAGAUAGUCUGUCAUUCUUUUCAAGUUUUUGAUGUUGAAUCAUUGAACCGUUCUCAAUCCAAAGAAGAUCUAGGAAAAUCAAUUGCCGUUGACAUUUUUAAUCCAGGCUACCUUUACUUUUCUUCAUUUUUAUAAAUGUUAUUAUGAAUGUUUCUAACAUAUUCUUUACAUGUAUACAGCAUUAAGUUAUAUUUGUAUGUGCCUUUUUUUUUUUUUACAAUUUACAUUUUAAAUGCGUUGUAUGUGAUUGUGUCAUCAGUGUCAGCUCAUUGAUAUUCUGGGAUUGUGGGUGGGUUUCUGUCAGUGUAAGAAGCCUUUGUGGAUCAAACUCAAAGAGUGCUUUGAAAAAGUGGUUUACAUGUUGCAUGUGUGGAUCUGUGGGACUGUUUCAGUCUGAAGCCAAGGGGGCCGUCAUAGAGCUGAAGUGUUAGCACAAAUGCUAAUUUCUUUUUUUUUUAAUGCUGGCACCUCUCACCUGUACAUUGACCUUUAAAGAUCCAACUCGGGGUAACCAUGGAUACCUCCAGGUGCAAAUGUCUGUAUGCUGGUGUGUAGCUUUAUGUGUGUGUAAUUCAUCCAGGGGGAGUUUUGAAUGAUGAGAAUUUUGGAUUGUGUGGCUCCUGGUCAGUAAACUCACUAUUUGCUAAACUUGGUGUUGAUAAACUAUAGAAUUGCUGUGAGUAUGACUAUAAUCUGUUUUCUUUUUGUAUGUGUUUUUGUUGAUAACUGUGUUUCUGAAACCUCGUUUGUGCACUUUGACAUGAUGCUGUUUAUUGUGAAUUUCUGUUUUUACUGUAUCAGUAAUAUGUUUGGUUUUUUACACAGCAUUUAAAAACACAACAGUUUAAAAAAAAAGGCUCUUCAGCUCCAGACAGUCAGGAGGUUUCCACUGUUAGGAAAAGCACCAUCUUCAGCAGGAACAGGAUGUUUUUUUUUGACUCAAAAUGGCUAAAGCAGUUGGGGGUUGCAUAAUUAAAGUAGUCUGCUGGGCAUGUUAGGUCUUUAUGAGCAACAAAGCAAACAUCUUUAGACACUUAAGCCCAUUUUUUCCCCUCUAUAGUAACUCUAAAGGCCAAUCAUAUGAAUUGAGGGGCAAAAAUACAGUGAGACAAAUGGAUAUAUUUAAAAAAAAAAGGUGGGUUUAUCAUAUAAAAGGGUUCAAACAAAUGUUCUAUAAUGCUGAUUUAUUGCCUCCUAUAACUGGUUAUGUUUAGCCUUUCAUGUAUUGUUUGCUUUUGAUAAGCUUAUCUGUUGUUUUACAAUUUUUCUUGGUUUUUGUGGGAUUGUGUGUUGACAUGUUUUAAGUUCUGCGUGUAUACAGAGUGCCUUAAAUAUCAUCUAGAGAAGCCCUAAGAACAGGUUAAGCAGGUAUCAGCCUAUAUGGAUGUGAUUCUGUUCAAAAAGACAACCUUCAGUGCGGCUGCAUGGAAGGUGGAAGCGUGAACCUUUUUGGCCUUUGUCGUGUUGGAAAGCAGGAGUUGGAAAAGAGGAAACGGCUGUUUAUUAAUGCAAGAAUCAAAAAAUCAGCUCUUUCUGUUACGGAGUGAUGUCAUGUUUAACAACACUUCCUCCUCAGUGCCUUGAGUCCGUGUGCCAGAGAGCUUUGGAUUACUGUAAACUGUUUUCAGUCAAAAUGUAAUGCCUGGCUUCUGUAUGAGGAAAAUCAAUAAAGUUUCUCUUUCAGUUUUAAA